GCAGAGCCGGUUGAGAAAUUAUUUUCUACCAAGUUUGCAUAAUUCUCUGUCCAGAAAGAAAGGUCUUAUUACAUGUGUUGCAAGAGAUUGAAGGGGGAAGCGAUGGUAAGGAUAGAAAAAGCUUAAGCAAGGUCAAUAUUUGGAGCAAUCAGGCUAACAAAGCAUGCCUAGCAGAGAGCAAGAGAAAAACAGGCUGCAGCUAUUGUAAAAAGAGCAACUGUCCUCUGGAAGCACUGCUAUGAUGUUCCAUGUGUUGGGUUAUAGCGUUCUGCUCCUGUUAUGGGUGUGCUGUAAUGCACAGAAUGAUAACUGUGGACCACCCCCUAGAAGAAAUAAUGAAGAGCUUGCUGACCUUUCAGGCAAACUGACCUAUUCACACAAUGAAUACGUACUCUACAACUGCCGCCCUGGGUUCAUAAAACAUGAAUUUAUUAGACUGUGGUGUAUCAAUGGAAACUGGGAACAAUUCCCACGACUUGUGGAAUGCAAAAAAAUGAAUUGUGGAUAUCCUGGAAGUAUCCGCUUUGGUUCUUUUGAACUCAUUAAUGAAGAUGAUUUUGUCUUUGGUGCUCGUGUUGUGUACGAGUGUGAUCCAGGAUAUCAGAUGCUCAGCCAAAUAAAUUACAGAGAUUGUCGCGCGGAUGGGUGGAGCCAUGAUGUCCCACACUGUGAAGCUUCCAAAGGAAACCCCUGCGGCUAUCCUGAAGCAGAGAAUUUAGAACUAUAUAGAAAAUAUGAGGGUUACAUGGAUCACAGGCAUCACUACUUUCCAAAAAGAGAGGGAGAACACAUUCUCUUCCAUUGCAAAAAUGGCUCCCUGCCAUUAAAAUCCGAACGUUACUGGGUCUAUUCAAGAUGCACCAAAUCUGGAUGGGAUCCAGAACCAAAAUGCUUUAAACUCUGUGAACAUACAGGAGGUUUUCCACAUGGUUCUUUUAAUUAUGAUAAUGGGAGUAAGUUCAUAGAAGGCAAUGAAAUUUCAUUUACGUGUCAAACAGGAUAUGAUCCAAACCCAAAGGGGGGGAAAACCAACUGCACAAAAAAUGGCUGGUCACCCACUCCAAGAUGCAUUUCCACAGAAAACCCAUGUGUCCCUCCCCCCCAAAUCUUUGAUGCAUCUCUCCAUGGGCUAGUGAAAAAAAGCUAUCAUUCCGGAGAAACAGUGCAUUAUGUGUGCCAUCCAGGAUUUGUUGCUACUGGGCCCCUCAAUGUGACAUGCAGAAAAGGGAAAUGGACGGAACCUCCUAACUGUGAAGGAUUAAAAUGAAAAGAAAGAUGCAACUGAUAUUUUAAAGCAAGAUUUGGCCUUCAAAAGUCAUCAUUCACUUCUUUCAAACAUUACCAUAAUAUACUGCUUCUGUAAUAAUAUCUUUGAUGAAUUAUGUCUCUUCACAUAGAAUUAUGGAGUCAAAACUGGAAACAGGGUGAAAGCUACACCUGCGACUUCUAUGUCAGUAACAUGUCAGUAGACAUAUAUCUGGUCCAAUUUUAAAGCCACACACUUAGAAACAUUACAUAUAUAAAGUUGUAGAAGGAAAAAAAUAUAUCAGCAGUCAAGAAUGCAGGAUGUUUCUGACUCCAUAAACUGAAAUAUCAAUGAAAACUAGGCACUUUUUUCCAAACAUGCUGGCUAUUAUCAAUGAAAUUGAUUUUUUAAUUAUUAUUUGACCUGCAGAUUCUGUCUCUUUACUGCUAAACAAAAAGUGUGUAUUUUUGUUGUUAAAGUUUAUUAAAUGCUAGAAAAGCUUA